AUGAAACUCUCACUCCUACUCCUCCUCAGCGCAGUCUACACUGCAACAGGUACUGCCGCUACAACUACAACUGCUACAGCCGCAACCCACGUAAUCUACUCCUACCCCGGCGUCUCCCCCCCAGCCAGCCUCCUCUCCCUCAUCGCCGCAGGCAAAGUAGGCGGCCUCAUCCUCUUCGGCGAAAACAUCGAUGACAACUUGCCCGCCACCAUCGCCACCAUCCAGAAAACCUACGCCUCGUCCCCGGACUACAAUGGCACCCCGCUGCUGAUCAUGACCGACCAGGAAGGCGGCAAGGUACGGCGUCUGCCCGGCGGUCCGACCCUCUCGGCAAAGCAGGUCGGUCUGUCCUCUGACCCGGCGGCGACUGCCGGCGAGACCGGGACCGAAGCAGCGACGACCCUGGCCCAGUACGGCGUGAAUGCGAAUCUGGCGCCCGUGCUGGGCGUCUAUCGCUCGGCGGGGGACUUUCUAGACGAGUACGGCCGGUCGUACGGGAAUAGCUCCGAGCUGGUCGCUUCGUGCGCGGAAGCCUUCAUUCGCAACCAGCAGGCCCGGAAAGUGAUUGCGACGGCGAAGCAUUUCCCCGGGCUGGGGGCUGCGGGGGCCGAUGCGAAUACGGAUCUGGUCCCCGUGCAGAUCGACCUGGGGCUGGAGGAGUUGCGGCGGGUGGAUGAAGCGCCGUAUCGCGCGGCGAUUGCCGCCGGGGUGGAGAUGGUGAUGGCGUCGUGGGCGGUGUAUCCUGCGUUGGAUGCGAAGCCGGCGGGGCUGAGUGAGAAAUGGAUUCGCGGCGAGCUGCGACAACGGCAUGGGUUCCAGGGGGUGACCAUCACGGAUGCGAUUGAGGCCGGGGCGUUGCGCGCGUACGGCGACGAUGCGGCGAGAGGCGUGCGCGCGGCGCAGGCGGGGAUGGAUCUGCUUCUUGCGUCGGCGAGGAAUGUCACGCAGGGCGAGGCGAUCGUGGAUGCACUGACCGCGGCGCUGGAGCACGGCGAGCUGGAUACGGAGGAGUUUGCGGCCGCGACGGCGCGAAUCAUGGCAUUGAGACGGACGUUACAUGUAUAG